AUAAGCAAUAAUCUACUGGUUAGCACUUAACUACCAUAAAAAUAGAUGAACCAGACUAUUGUGUACCCAGAGAAAAGGUGUAUAAGGGAGGAGUGAAGGAUAAAGAAAGGAGUGAGUUAGCAAAAAGCCACACAGCUAGUUGCAAACUAGCACAAAGGUGAAUGUUGUUCAUGAGCUUGACUCAGAACGUCUGAAAGAGGAGCAAAGAGCAAAAGGCAACCAGUGGUGAAAGCAAGGAUUCACAGGGAACAGGCUCAAGCAGUUAUAUUUAGAUUGAUCUACAUGACCAGCCUAUUUGUUGUAAAAGAAGAAUCAGCCAGAGGGGGUAAUUUGAAAUCCACUACAGGUGUUUGAGCAGCACUGCUUCUGUAACAAAAGCCUAGACUCACCACAUCUUGGGACGAGAAUGGCCACUUCCUGGGGGGCAGCCUUUUUCAUGUUGGUGGCAUCCUGUGUUUGCAGUACUGUCUUCCACAGAGACCAGCAGACAUGGUUUGAAGGUGUCUUCCUGUCUUCCAUGUGCCCCAUCAAUGUUAGUGCCAGUACCUUGUAUGGAAUUAUGUUUGAUGCAGGGAGCACUGGAACACGAAUUCAUGUUUACACCUUUGUGCAGAAAAUACCAGGACAGCUUCCACUUCUGGAAGGGGAAAUUUUUGAUUCUGUGAAGCCAGGACUUUCUGCUUUUGUAGAUCAACCUAAGCAGGGUGCUGAGACUGUUCGAGGACUCUUAGAGGUGGCCAAAGACUCAAUCCCUCGAAGUCACUGGCAAAGGACCCCAGUGGUCUUGAAGGCAACAGCAGGACUGCGCCUAUUGCCGGAACAGAAAGCCCAGGCUCUGCUCUCUGAGGUAAAAGAGAUCUUCAGGAAGUCGCCUUUCCUGGUACCAAAUGACAGUGUUAGCAUCAUGGACGGAUCCUAUGAAGGCAUCUUAGCUUGGAUUACUGUGAAUUUUCUAACAGGUCAGCUGCGUGGUCACAGCCAGGAGACUGUAGGGACCCUGGACCUAGGGGGGGCCUCCACCCAAAUCACGUUCCUACCCCAGUUUCAGAAAACCCUUGAACAAACUCCUAGGGACUACCUCACUUCCUUUGAGAUGUUUAACAGAACUUACAAGCUGUAUACACAUAGUUACUUGGGAUUUGGAUUGAAAGCUGCGAGACUGGCAACUCUGGGAGCCCUGGAAGCGCAAGGGACUGAGGGACACACUUUUCGAAGUGCCUGUUUACCAAGAUGGUUAGAAGCCGACUGGAUUUUUGGGGGCGUGAAAUACCAGUAUGGUGGCAACCAAGAAGGGGUGGUGGGCUUUGAGCCCUGUUACUCUGAAGUGCUAAGGGUGGUCCAAGGAAAACUUCACCAGCCAGAUGAGAUCCAGAGAAGCUCCUUCUACGCUUUCUCUUACUAUUAUGAUCGAGCUGUUGACACACACAUGAUUGAUUAUGAAAAGGGGGGUGUUUUAAAAGUUGAAGAUUUUGAAAGGAAAGCGAAGGAAGUGUGUGACAACUUGGAAAACUUCACCUCAGGCAGUCCUUUCCUGUGCAUGGAUCUCAGUUACAUCACAGCCUUGUUGAAGGAUGGCUUUGGCUUUGCCGACAGCACCGUUUUGCAGCUCACAAAGAAAGUGAACAACAUAGAGACAGGCUGGGCCUUGGGCGCCACCUUUCACCUGCUGCAGUCUCUGGGUAUUUCCCACUGAGGCCCAGCCCUUCCUCUGAGGCCUGCACUUGUCAACAACUCUUUUAAAGGGAGAAGGAGAGGAGACUCAGUUGUGUUCUGAGGUAGUCUGGAAAUCGCCUGGAUUGGAACCCUGCAGCUGGCUUCAUCAGGAGGAAGGGGCUUUUGUACACAGGUCUUGCCCUUAAGUCUAGAGAUCUGGGUUUAAUUGAUUUUACACAUCCAAUAUGAACUGUUAUUUAACCAUUCUGCUUGCACAGCUGGUUCCAGAGUCUAAAUCUUUGAACAUGCUUAUAUUUCACAGAGAGCCAAAAUGAGUAGCUUUGGAACAACCUUGGAGAACCCAGGGACUCAUUUCAACCAUUUGAGUGCCUCAUUUCUUUGAACAUUUAAAUUUUCCUUACAUGUUAAACUCAGCUGACUGAUUGCAAUCCCAUGGCCUAUCAACACCAGUAUUUAUUUCCUCCCUGCACAUUGCCCUGGUCCAACCCUUAUCACACCCCCUUCCUACAAAAAAGGAAAAAAAUCUGGUUUUGCUUUUCAUGUUAAUUCGAGGAAAGAAAGGUACCACCUCUGAAGUUGUGUGGUCCUGCUUUGUGCUAGCUGCAUCAGCCAGCUGAGAUCCAUCCGGACUCUUAGCAGGAUGGAAAGCAACUCCUACCUGCACAGAUUCCAGCCUUAAGAAAGGAGGCCAUUCAGUCUCUAAGGACAUGUCUUUGGAGGGUAUGACUGCCUUGUAUAGGUUGCCUUUUUUUAAUCAACUUUUUAUACGUUAACCAUGGGAUUAAUGAACAUGUCCAACCUUAUAUGUGUUUAUUCAGUGCCUGUACCUCCUUCCAGGCUGUACAUCGUAAACUUACUUUGUAUUUCUAAGAAAUACAUCUAUACCCUAGCUUUUGGUCUGUGAUCAGAGGCCUCAGGCUGUGCUAUUCAAGGAUCUGUAUUUUGGACACAGCUCCUUUCAGUUUUCCCUUUUACUCUGUUUAUAGCAGGAUCUCUUCCUACCUGGUCCUGGAUUAUUUUAGCUAACAUCUAAAUUAUUUGUCUAGUUCCAGGGUUUCUGAUACCCUUUCUCGGUGAUAACCUAACAUUUGAUUUGGUUGGCCAUUUUAGUUUGACUGCUCUGAACUCUUUUUUUGUGAAUUAUUUUCCCUAAAAUUCAUUGUCUUGUACUUUCCUACAUGACCAUCAUCUGCUUCUUGUCUACCCACUCGAGUGCUCUUGGACUUUAAAGAUCUUCCUGCCCACUGGCUCAUUUAUCUUGGCUCUUUAACUCCAGCUACUUUCCAAUGGAGACUCUCUCUCAAACUCGUAGCUCUCACAGUACACUUUUCUCUCUCACAAAAGAUGUUAAAUACUUGGCCCUCACACUAGUUCCUGGGGAACCUCAUUUUUUAAAGUUUUUCCACUGAGUCAAUAAAUAUUUAGUAUCUGAUGUGCAAGUCCCUAGGCAAAUUUCCAUAUCCUCCUCCUCAAAGUUUUAGUUGUUUUUUAAAAAAAUUCGAAGUGAAAUUUCUUCACCCUUCACACUAACUUUUAUUAUACUAAGGUCACCUUCAUACCUAUUGCCUUCCUCAAAAAAUGCUAAUACAUAAUGAAACAGAAUCUUUAGAGGUGGAAGCAGCCUAAAGAUAUAAUCCAGUCUUCUAUUGCAGAAUUCCUGUAACAUUUCUAGGUGGCUGUUGUUCAGCUUCUGGUUAGGCAUGUUUUCCUUCAGACAGGUCGUUCCAUUUGGGACUGCACAGAUGUUAAAAAUCACCUCUCCUUAUAUUGAGCUGAACUGUCUUCUCAGAUCGCUCCUUUCGUAGCUGUUCAGUCUUUUAAAGAAAAUUCCUCCAAGUUCUUUGUGGCCUCUUCUUUAAUGCAACACAUGGCUUCUAGACCCCUUACCAUUUUUGUCACAAAGGUAGAGUGCUAGACCCAGUUAUAUGCUAUAUGUGAUUCCACAUGAUUAGGGAGAGACCAGUUUCUCUAACAGAAACCAAGUUUUCCCAAGAGGUAAGCUGUGUUCACCAAAAGCUCCUCCAGCUUGAUGAAUCCAGAGGUAAGAUUCCCUGGUCUUUGUCACAUUUUUUUCUCAAGCUUUUCUUACAAACAGAAAACAGAGGCUGUUUAGACUCCUUUGUGUAUUCCAAGUACUUCCAGAACUCUUGCAUUAACUUCAGAAAUGUAUCUACAUAUAUUCUGAUAACCUCGAUUAGAACAUUUGGAGAAUCAACCAGUUUAUCAAUUUUAGAACCAAUUCAGAAUAGGAAUUUUUAUUUCUUAGAGAAAAUGAUUUCUCUAUAAUGUCCUUUCUGCCCCUUAGUGUACCUUUUGGGCGCCUUAUUAAGUAAUCUUAUAGUGUCUAAUAUUGCUGGUUGUUUCUUUGCUAUAAAUGUGUUUAUAUAUUUCAAGUACUUAGGACAUGGCCUGGCACAUAGACAUGUGUUUAUCAUCAUCAUAUGAAGGACAUCCUCUGUGGGUUAUGGAGGUCCUUGCAAGGUGUGCCUUAAAAACUCUUCCUAUCUUGCCUGAUUUUAUUUGCAUACUUUUAGAGAGUCCAUGGUCUCCUUACCUGUGUUACCUUUCAAUUUUUUUGAAAGAUGAGUUUUUUCUGCUCCCCAUAGAUGACCUUUCUAGACUCUGCUAGUAGUCACACAACUUUCACAGUAGUUGCCAUCUUUAAUUCUAGGCACGUUUAUCCUGAGAUUCCAGGAAUGUUUGUGACAUUGUCACUUUUUUACUCUAGUAUCUUAUAAAUUUUCUACAUUUGCCUGAAAAACUCCCCUGCAGACUGUUUCUUCUCAUUUCAUCAUCAAAGCAGACUUUUGGGCAAAAUGUUCUUUACCAUAUCCAAAGCUAAUGGAUUCACAAAUCUCUUCAAGAGGCAUCUCUGGUACUGUGAAGUGAGCUCUUCAAAUACCCCAGCACCCCCGGCCCCGAUCAGCCACCAGUCUGCAAGCAAAUGAACAAAUUCUGCUGCUAAUUAGAUUUUCCCUUUUGGCGUGGUUCCUGAGGUCUUCAAACCUGUGCAAUGAAGUUAUUUAUUGUUUUAUAAAUAAAAGGGUAUCCCGGAGAGGAACCAUAAAAAAAAUUGAGAUCUGGUGCUGAAAUAAGGAAGUAAUAAUUAGCAUUAAUGAGAUUUGGUUUUCUUUUCACAAAAUCCAGUGCACCUACAACAAAGGUUAAAGCAAUUUAUUUAAUUUGUUAAUUUUAAAACAGCAAUUCAAACAAAAAUGUAUAGAUUGAAUAUUUCUAAUUCUUAUCUUUACAAAAAGAACUGCAUAAAUCUGUGACCAGCACUUAAAAAAAAUGUGUAUAAAUCUUUCUUUAGAAAGGAUUGUUAACAAGUAAAAAUGAAUGAGACAGCACCUUAGCAAUUUGUUUUAGUAAUAAAAAGCUCUUUUCAACAAAAA